AUGAGGCCUGGAAGCAGUCUAGGGUUUGCUUUCUUCUGCUGGGUGUUUGGGGAGGUGGUUGCUUAUAACCCCUGGGAUUUCAUUAGAGGGGAGGUGGAGCUGUGGAGGUAUGAAGGGGAUUCUUCCUUGGGGCAGCCCCAUGCCUUCUCUCAGCCCUCCCCCUGGGCAUGGGUGGAUGUAUCCCAGCUUCAGGCUGCUGCCCCGCUGCACCCAGUGGCUGUGCAGUGCCAGGAGGCACAGGUGGUGGUCACAGUGCACAGGGACCUCUUUGGCAUGGGACGCCUGGUCAGGGCUGCAGAGCUGACCCUAGGCUCGGCUGCCUGCCUGCCUGCAGUUUGGAGUGGUGCUGAGACCACAGUGACUUUCAUGGCUGGGCUGCAUGAGUGUGGCAGCACCCUCAGGGUAACCCCUGAUGCUCUAGUCUACAGCAUGACCUUAAAUUACAAGCCUGUUCCUGCUGGCAACCCUGUCAUAAUCCGCACCAGCCCUGCUGUGGUUCCUAUCGAGUGCCACUAUCCAAGAAGGGACAAUGUGAGCAGCAAUGGUGUCAAGCCCACGUGGAUGCCCUUCCACUCCACCCUGUCCUCUGAGGAGAAGCUGUCUUUCUCCCUGUUCCUCAUGAAUGAUGACUGGAGUGCCAAGAGAGCCUCCACCAUAUUUCAACUGGGAGAGGUCUUCCACUUCCAAGCUGGUGUCAACACAGAGAACCACAUACCUCUGAGGCUCUUUGUGGACAAUUGUGUGGCCACCCUGACCCCAGAGAGGAGCUCUUCUCCCCAGUACACUUUCAUUGACUUCAGUGGGUGCCUGGUGGAUGGGCAACUGGAUGAUUCCACCUCAACUUUUAUAUCCCCAAGACCCAGGCAAGAUGUGCUUCAGUUUGCAGUAGAUGCAUUCAAGUUUGCAGGAGACACCAGCAAUCUGAUCUACAUCACCUGCCAUCUAAAGGUCUCCUUGGCUGACCAAGCUCCUGACCCUCUGAACAAGGCUUGCUCCUUCAACAAAGUCAGGAACCUCUGGGCUCCUGUGGAAGGCACCCAGGAUGUAUGCUCCUGCUGUGAGAUGAGGAGCUGUGGCUUGGCCAGGCAUUCCAGGUGGCUCCAUGCUCCCUCCCAAUGGCAAGGAGGACGUGUCCGAAGAGAACUGCCCUCUCAGCUUGAUCCAUUGAUGAAAGAAGCAGAUGUUGUGGUUGGACCUCUCUUCAUCCGCAGCUGGCAGGAUCACCCAGUUAGGAGGGUGACUUCAAGAGGUGGAGGUCACUUGUGGAUGGUGUUGGGGCUGGCUGCAGUUGCUGUUGUGGUCAUCCUGAUCCUUGCUGUUUUAGGAGCUCUGACUGUCUGCUAA